GCCCCAUCGCCUCGGCGGCCGGGGAGCUGGAUUGGGGGCUGGAACCAUGACGGCGCGCGGGACCCCGAGUCGCUUCCUGACCAGUGUCCUCCACAACGGGCUGGGUCGCUACGUGCAGCAGCUGCAGCGUCUUAGCUUCAGCCUCAGCCGCGACGCGCCCUCGUCCCGCGGUGCCAGGGAGUUCGUGGAACAGGAGGUGGCCAACUUCGCCCGUCGGAACCCAGGUGUCGUAAUAUACGUGAACCCGCGGCCGUGCUGUGUGCCCAGAGUCGUGGCCGAAUACCUUAACGGGGCUGUGCGCGAGGAGAGCAUCCACUGCAAGUCGGUCGAGGAGAUCACGAGGCUGGUGCAGAAGCUGGCGAACCAGUCGGGCUUGGACGUGAUCCGCAUCCGCAAGCCCUUCCACACGGACAGCCCGAGCAUACAGGGCCAGUGGCACCCCUUCACCAACAAACCGACAACGUGCGGUGGGCUGCGCCCCCGAGAGGUCCAGGAUUCUGCCCCAGCCCAGGUGCAAGCGCAGUAAAGAGUUGCUCCAACUCCGUUCCCAGUGAAGGUGGUUCCUCCUUUUUUGGUUUGGGGGAUUCCAAGCCCAGGCUGACCGAUGGGGCCCACGAAAGGGAAAGCUGUUGCCAAAGCUGUUGUUUGGGAUAAAGAAGAGCUGCCUCUAUUUGGUGCCCACUGUGAGGGGCGGUGACUUGGUGUCUCUUAAUUCUUAUCCAGGCGAUGUUAUUGAAACCCGAGUCUUCAAGGAUCUUACUGGGUUCUCGUUUGUGAAAUCAAAAUUGAUAAUAGCACCUUCAGAUCACAGUUAGGAAUUUUAAGGCUGGUUUCUGAAGAACCCCUGAUGUCCUGUUUCUGAAACCAGUGAGUUAGAGAGCCAGCACCUUCUACUCUGCUGUGAACCUGGUAUCAGGCUAGGCUGUAUGAAUGUUUGUGUACAAAUUAGAAAACUGAGGUUAAUAAACUUGUCCAUGGUCAC